AUGAGGACAUCUGCGGAGGAUAUGGACGAGGAACGCAGAAGAGAUCUGUCGUAUCACUAUCUUUGUCACUUGGAGCAAGCCAAGAAAUGGAUGGAAGCCUGCCUGAGAGAGCCGUUACCUCCGUCGAUUGAGCUGGAGGAGAAUCUUCGCAACGGAGUGUAUUUGGCCAAGCUCGGAAACUUCAUGGCACCUAACGUUUUACCGUUGAACAAAAUCUACGAUACCGAGCAGCGCAGAUACAAAGCUGUCGGAUUGCAGUUUCGUCAUAUGGAUAACAUAAAUUACUUUUUAAAGUGCUUGGAAUCCGAGCGUUUACCGUUG